AAAAACAAAUCGCUAAUCGCUUACAUUAGAGGCAUGUGCGGCAUGACUCCGAAAGCCUUCACGCUCGCAUCCUCCCUCCCCGCGCGCGCCCCCGCCCGCGCCCGUCCUCUCAACCACAAGAGUGCUGGCUGCGGGCGUCGAGUCAGCCGGAGGCCGUCGCGCAGCUGACAUCGCACCGUCCCAUGCAACACUACACGCUUCAUUCUUAACUGAACUUUUGCUAAGUGACUACAAGCCACAACCAUGGAUGUGGAGGAGUUCCGUAUUCGCGGCAAGGAGAUGGUGGACUACAUCUGCACGUAUAUGACCACGCUGCAGUCCCGGCGCGUGAUCCCGUCCGUGGAGCCGGGCUACCUGCGCGCCGAGCUGCCGGCUGAGGCUCCGCACCUGCCGGAGGCAUGGGAGGAGGUCAUGAACGACGUGGAGAACAAGAUCAUGCCGGGGGUGACGCACUGGCAGCACCCACGCUUCCACGCCUACUUUCCCUCCGGCAACGGCUACCCGUCCAUCCUGGGUGAUAUGCUGUCAGCAGGCAUCGGCUGCAUUGGAUUCUCUUGGGCGGCCAGUCCAGCAUGCACGGAACUCGAGAUCAUAAUGCUUGAUUGGAUGGGUAAAGCCAUUGGAUUGCCACCAAGCUUCUUAGCUCUUGAGGAAGGUAGCAAAGGUGGCGGAGUUAUUGAGGGGUCAGCCAGCGAAUGUGUGCUGGUUUCAAUGCUGGCUGCUCGAGCCAAUGGCAUUAAAAGACUCAAGCAUCAGUUCCCUAACGUAGAUGAGGGACUUCUACUUUCCAAACUAAUUGCCUAUUGUUCUAAAGAGGCGCAUUCUUGCGUCGAAAAAGCCGCUAUGAUCUGUUUUGUUAAACUCCGCAUCCUGCAGCCUGACGAACAUGGGUCACUUCGAGGCGACACUUUAAAAGAAGCUAUGGAGGAGGAUGAAGAGGCUGGCCGUGUGCCAUUUUUCGUGGCGACUACAUUGGGCACCACAUCAUGCUGCUCGUUCGACAACCUCCCAGAGAUCGGGCCGGUCGUGCGAAAGUUUCCUUGCGUGUGGCUCCACGUGGACGCUGCUUACGCCGGCAGCUCCUUCCUGUGCCCCGAGCAUAAAUACCAUCUCGCCGGGGUCGAGUUUGCCGACUCAUUCAAUACUAAUCCCAACAAACUGAUGCUGACCAGUUUUGACUGUUCUCUUCUGUGGGUUACUAACCGAUAUCUAUUGACGUCAGCACUCGUUGUCGACCCACUUUACUUACAACAUUGCUAUGACCAUACGGCCAUCGAUUAUAGGCACUGGGGUGUGCCAUUGAGCCGCCGCUUCCGUUCACUCAAGCUGUGGUUUAUGCUACGAAGUUAUGGCAUCAGCGGCUUACAGAAAUACGUGCGCCGUCAUUGCGAACUUGCUAAGUAUUUUGAACAACUUGUUAAAAAGGAUGAUAGGUUCCAAGUAUGCAACCAAGUUAAGUUGGGAUUGGUUUGUUUCCGACUGGUGGGAGGUCCAGAGGAUCCGGGUGAGCACAUUGACGAUCUGAACAAAAAGCUAUUGACUAACAUCAACGCGUCCGGCAAGCUGCACAUGGUACCGGCAUCGGUCGGCGAUCGAUUUGUUAUUCGCUUCUGUGUCGUGCAGCAACAUGCCACGCGCGAGGAUAUCGAAGUAGCAUGGGAUAUUAUAACCGAUUUCGCUACGGAGCUUAUUGAAGGACCAGACAAAGAACGGGACUUAAACGAGGAGCGCGCUCGUCGCCAGAAGGCCGCUCUGGCGCACAAGCGUUCGUUCUUCGUGCGCAUGGUGAGCGACCCCAAGCUGUACAACCCGGCUAUCAACAAGACGCCCCCGCCGGUCGGCACCUGCCCCUGCACCCCGCAGGCCGUCGCUGCGCCCGCUUCGCCGGACACGCCUACCGACGCGCUUCAGCCAUCAACUCCGAAGCAAUCAUCUUGGAUCAGCUGGCCACUCGGAUUCUUCUUCCAGAGUGUGGAUCAUGACGCUAAUGAUUUGCCAUUGAGGUUCCGUCACCUGGACACAAUGGUGCGUCUGAAGAGCCCCGGCACCACCAGCCGACGCGGCUCGUCGCCGUGCGCGUCGCCCGAGCACCGCGCGCCCUCGCCCCACCAUUGACCGAUCUCCCCGUGUAGCCCCCAACCACAUCACUAUCACUUAUCUCAAUAAUAAAUACUUAUGUCAGCAU